AUGUUGGAGUGUUGCUUUUUCUCUCUCUCUUUUUAAGAGAAACCUUGAAAAAAAAAAAAAGCACCGGUAAGUUGAUUGAAGAUGUCUUGUGUUAUGGCCUAUCAGCUCUUUCUUCAUUUUUAUCUGUCUCCUCCUGCCACAUUGCGUAUUUUGUUCUGAUCUGGGGAAAGUGUGUCCAGCCUUUCCAGUUCUGAUUUUAAAAACUCAAUCUGUAUUGGGAUCUUACCAGCGUCUUAGGUGUUUUGCUGAAUUUGCUCCAUGCGAUGACAUUUCACUUUAUCUCUGUUGUCUUCAGUAAAUCUCUCCCAUGACAAUGUCUUCCGCUAAGAUUGAGUGUGUUUUGCGGGAGAACUGGCGCUGCGGUGAGUCUCCAGUCUGGGAGGAGGCAUCCAACUCUCUGCUCUUCGUAGAUAUUCCUGCAAAAAAGGUUUGCCGGUGGGAUUCGCUCAGCAAGGAAGUGCAGCAAGUGACCGUGGAUGCCCCAGUCAGCUCUGUGGCCCUUCGCCACUCAGGAGGCUAUGUCGCCACAGUUGGAACAAAGUUCUGUGCUUUGAACUGGGAAGAUCAAUCAGCAGUUGUCUUGGCCACAGUAGAUAAAGACAAGAAAAACAAUCGAUUCAAUGACGGGAAGGUGGAUCCCGCUGGGAGAUACUUUGCCGGUACCAUGGCUGAGGAAACAGCUCCAGCAGUUCUGGAGCGGCACCAAGGGUCCCUGUACUCCCUCUUUCCUGACCACCAUGUGGAAAAGUACUUUGACCAGGUGGACAUCUCCAAUGGUUUGGAUUGGUCUCUGGACCACAAAAUCUUCUAUUACAUCGAUAGCCUGUCCUACUCGGUGGAUGCUUUUGACUAUGACCUGCAAACAGGGAAGAUCUCCAACCGCAGAAGUGUUUACAAGCUGGAGAAAGAAGAACAAAUCCCUGAUGGAAUGUGUAUUGAUGUUGAGGGGAAGCUCUGGGUGGCCUGUUACAAUGGAGGAAGAGUGAUCCGUUUGGAUCCUGAGACAGGGAAAAGACUCCGAACUGUGAAGUUGCCUGUUGUUAAAACAACCUCAUGCUGCUUCGGAGGGAAGGAUUACUCUGAAAUGUAUGUGACCAGUGCCCGGGAUGGGAUGGACCCCGAGGGUCUACUGCAGCAACCUGAAGCUGGUGGAAUUUUCAAGAUAACUGGCCUGGGGGUCAAAGGAAUUCCUCCCUAUCCCUAUGCAGGAUGAGUGACAGGCCUUCCUUCAUAGUGGAAGAGACUUAGAAGACAACUAGAAAAUUCUGGUGCUGAAAUUUCAGUCUAGUUACAAAAAAAAAUGAAGCAAUGAUAUUAAUAGGAUUAAAUUUUUAAUUACAAUUUUUAAAACAUAGAGC